AAAACCAUCUCUCUGUUCACUACUCUACAGCAUCCCAUUGAUCUCUUGUCACCAUUUAGAUUAUGGACUAACCCAAACAGAAAGCAACCCUUUUCCUACAUAAUACAACCAUGCCCACGCGCUGUUGUAGCGAGUGUAACAAACACCACACUCUUCUUAUUACCGCUUAUCCUCUCUCCUCAAAUUCAGCAUUUGCAAAACACAAAUGGGUUGUCGCUUUUCAGAAUUUUUGCUUCUUCUAAUACUUGUUUUGCAGAGGUUAUUCGUUCCUAAUUUGGCUUCUAAUGGGCUUAACACAAAUGGGUUAUGGACAAAUGGUGAGUUAGUAUCAGCAAUAGGGGACCCUGCAAUGAGGAAUAUAAAUGUGAGAGUUGCUUUAGAAGCUUGGAAUUUUUGCAAUGAAGUGGGGUUUGAAGCUCCUGGAAUGGGCAGUCCUAGGUUAGCUGAUUGUGCCGAUUUCUUCUGCUAUCCUGUUUCAAAUGAAGUGGUAACUAACCUUUUUGAUUUGAUGCAUAAAGGUUUACCAGAUUCUCUCUAUCGCAGCAAACUUGGUAAUUGGUCAAAAUGUGGACUAUUUCAUAAUGUGAAGGAAUCUGACAAUAGCUUAAAGAGUGGUGAUAAGUUUCCAGUAGCUGAUUUUAAUUCCUCCACAGAUCCAGACCUUUUUGCUGUGGAAAAGGAACUGUACCUUGGUUCUCUAUGUGAGGUGCAUGAAUCAGCAGAACCAUGGCAUUUUUGGAUGUUUAUGCUAAAAAAUGGAAAUUUUGACAAAAAUACUACUCUUUGUCCCGAAAAUGGAAAACAGGUGAAGAAAAUAGUGACUGACAGAAACUUUCCAUGUUAUGGCAAAGGAUGCAUGAAUCAGCCACUUAUCUACCACAAUUAUUCUAGAGUGUUUAAUGUUCGUGACCAAGUGAUAUCUUUGACAGGAGGAUUUUAUGGAACAUAUGACCUUGAUGUGGACUUUAGCAAAGGUAUAGGGAAUAACUCCUUCUUUUCAGUCUCUUGGAGAAGAGAUAUCAGCACACAGAAAUGGAUUUUCUCACACAAGUUAACAACCUCUGCAAAGUAUCCAUGGCUUAUGUUGUAUCUCCGUGCCGAUGCAACAAAAGGGUUUAAUGGUGGUUACCACUAUAAUGGCCGUGGCAUCAUGACCAAGUUGCCAGAGUCACCAAAUUUUAAGGUUAGAUUGACUCUUGAUGUUAAGCAAGGAGGAGGAUCAAACAGUCAAUUUUAUCUCCUUGAUAUAGGAAGUUGUUGGAAGAACAAUGGAGAACUGUGUGAUGGUGAUGUUCUGACAGAUGUGACUAGAUACAGUGAGAUGAUAAUUAACCCAGCUACUACAAGCUGGUGUAGCCCAGAUAAUCUUGUCUCUUGCCCACCAUAUCAUGUUAGUCCCUCUGGUGAGAUAAUAUAUAGAAAUGAGACAUCUCGCUUUCCAUAUUCUGCAUAUCAUCUCUACUGCGCCCCGGGAAAUGCUGAAUAUCUGGAGAAACCAUAUGAUAUUUGUGACCCAUAUAGCAAUCCACAAGCACAGGAACUUGUACAAAUUCUUCCACAUCCUGAAUGGGCAGUUCAUGGCUAUCCUGAAAAACAAGGAGAUGGAUGGAUUGGAGACUCUAGGACUUGGGAACUUGAUGUUGGGGCCCUCUCAAGUCGGUUAUACUUCUAUCAGGAUCCAGGAACAAAACCAGCGAGGCGCGUCUGGUCUUCAAUCAAUGUUGGUACAGAAAUAUAUGUCAGCCAGAAUGGGGAGACUGCAGAAUGGACUGUAAGUGAUUUUGAUGUACUGGUUCCCAAGGGUGAUAACUAUUAUGGUCAUAGCUCUUACUGAGACUUCCCCAGUCCUUAUUCUUCAUAUGUAAAAAAUACAAGUAAAUGAAAAUGUACAAAUGAUGCAAUUCCACCAUGAAUAUCCAUAAUAGGGUAGCUGCAUUUCUACUGUAAAUGAUAUUUUAUGAUAAAUAACAAAUACUACUGUAAAUGAAGUAUAUGAAAAAUAACAAGGGCUUUGUCUUCAA